UGUGCGCCGGCGCAGCGCACCCGUUGGGCGCGAGGAACCCAGGGAGGGCGCGAGGCGCGCGGGUCCGGGAACGCGCGCGACGCCGGCGACCUCACUCGGCCCCAGGUCACCGCCCGUGUAGCCGGCUGAGGUGGCCGCUGGGGCCCGCGUCGAGGGCGUGGUGGCUCCCGGCGGUGAAAGUCUGUCCGCCCCUGGCCGUGCUCGUUUCCCCCCCGGGGCCUCUCCCCUGGAGCGCACAGGAUGCAGGAAUUGUCGCUCUUCUCUGCUUCCCAGGCUUCUGGAAACUUGUGGUCCGCCUCCUCCUGAAGCAUCGCGCCUUCAAUAGCUGUUUCCAGGCUGCCGGGUUCCAGCUUCCGUGCGAAAUCUCAUCAUCUCCUCUGGCACUGUCUGGCCAGCGUCCUAGAACUUUACCGACAGAGAAGAUGCUUCGAGACAGCCUGAAAUCUUGGAAUGACAGCCAGUCAGACCUCUGUAGCAGCGACCAGGAAGAGGAAGAGGAGAUGGUCUUCGGUGAAAAUGAAGACGAUUUGGAAGAGAUGAUGGACCUCAGCGACCUGCCCACCUCCCUCUUUGCUUGCAGUGUCCACGAAGCGGUGUUUGAGGUCCAAGAGCAGAAGGAGAGGUUCGAAGCCCUGUUCACCCUCUAUGAUGACCAGGUCACAUUCCAGCUGUUCAAGAGCUUUCGCAGAGUGAGGAUCAACUUCAGCAAGCCUGAGGCUGCGGCGAGAGCACGGAUCGAGCUCCAUGAGAGUGAAUUCCAUGGCCGGAAGCUGAAGCUUUACUUCGCACAGGUGCAGGUGUCCGGGGAGGCUCGGGACAAGUCCUACUUACUGCCACCACAGCCCACCAAGCAGUUCCUCAUCUCCCCUCCCGCCUCACCCCCCGUGGGGUGGAAGCAGAGUGAAGAUGCCACGCCAGUGAUCAACUAUGACCUCCUCUGUGCCGUCUCCAAGCUGGGGCCAGGGGAGAAAUACGAACUGCACGCAGGAACCGAGUCCACCCCCAGUGUGGUGGUGCACGUCUGUGAGAGCGAAACCGAAGAGGAAGAAGACACAAAAAAUCCAAAACAGAAAAUCACGCAGACGCGGCGCCCGGAAGCUCCCACGGCAGCACUGAGUGAGCGGCUGGACUGUGCACUGUGAGCGGCUGCUGCGCCUGCGCCUUCCACUGCUACAGCCGCGCCUGCCUUGGAGCGCAGCCCAGCGAUGCUGAUGCAUCCGUCCAGCUGCUGGGCCAGCCUCCCCGGGCCGGAACGUGGAAUGAAGUGGCAGAUUCAGCCAGCCGGUUCAGAUUUCGAACAGUAUUCUAAAUGGCACUUUAAGUGACAAGGUUAGCCCUGACCGUGAGGCACCUGUCUCCUCCCCCAGAAAUAUUAGUUCCCUUGAACCUGUAGAGCAUUGGGUACCGGAGGCCAGAGCCAGCGUCACCCAGUGCACUGCCAUUUCUACAGACUUAAACGUUAGUCUCACUUCGGUGUGGGUAUUUUUGUACAGGUGUGGCGGUGUCUAACAGAUUGAGCAAAGGCUGAAUGUAAUUAUUCAGUAGACAUGACCUUUCUUUUUGCACGAGAAGAAACCUGAGAUACAAAAUCAUUUGUAGAAGUCAUUUUUUUUUUCAAGUAUUUUUUCACUAGCUUUAGGGAUGAAAGGCCAAGUGACUGAGAUUGUCAGGUCCAGAUGGCGUGGGCAGAUGCGCCCUUGGCUCUCCUGGCUGUCCAUCUUACUUGGCAGUCAGUGAAAGUGGCGUGCAGAACCCUGCUCCCAGCGCAGCCCUCCCCAGCCUCAGCUCUCUGCAGGAGCCUUGCCUUUGCCAGCAGCCUGUGUCCCGGGAAGCCUGGCUGAUGGCUUUAUGGAGCUGGAGCCCCGGGCAGCUCUUCCGUUACUCUCUUGACCCUCCUAGUGCUGGCUGCUACUGCCUGAGGUUCCCUAUGCUGUGUGCGUCGGCACGGAUGUAGGUCGCUCUUAACUUCAGACGAUAAUGAUGACUGUGCAGACCAAUUUAAAUUGGGGGAGCAGGUUCGUUUUUGUUUUCUUUGAAGACAGGGUUUCACUUGGUAGCUCCCGGGCCUCAAAUCCUCUGUGUUCCUCCUGCCUCAGCUUCCCAAGUGCUGGACUUACAGGGGAGCACCAUGUACUUGAAAGUUCUCCGUUCAAGUAUUUUAGCUGUUUGGAAAGAAAAAUCACCUGCACUUUUCCCCUGCAGAUUAGGGAGAGGAGUCAUUCUUUUGGGGGUGGUUGAGCUUUUUUCUUUGUUUGUUUUUGUUGUUUUGAGACAAGGUUUCACACUGUAGCUCAGGCUAGCCUGUGACUCAUUAUGUAGCCCAAGCUGGCCUUGAGCCCAAGACCAUUCUCUUUCCUUAGCCUCCUGAGUGUUGGGAUUGCAGGCAUGGGCAUGCAGUUCAUGCUUUCCUUUUUAGUGAACAUUUCCACCUUCACUUGCAGUUGGUGUCCAGAUAGAAUUGCUUCUUACUCUUUUUUUGUUUUUUUGUUUUGUUUUGUUUUGUUUUGUUUUGUUUUGUUUUGUUUUUCCGGAGCUGGGGACCAAACCCAGGGCCUUGCGCUCGCUAGGCAAGCGCUCUACCGCUGAGCUAAAUCCCCAGCCCUGCUUCUUACUCUUGGCGUGUUGUUCCGUGGGUCACUCUGCAUCUCUGGUGUGCUGAGCUGCAGUCCCUUGCUGAAGGCUGGCUCUCCUGCCUCGGGGUGCUGUGUUACAGACGCUCGAGUGGCUCCACUCAUCCGACUGUUCUGUCGCACAAGCGUUCAGAACUGGCAGGAAGAUGUGAAGGGGCACAGAACAGAAAGUAGCAUAGCUGCUACUGCAAAGGAAGGAGCUUAGAGAAGUGACGCCAUGAGAGCCGUCAUGGGUGACAUGUCAGGGCUGAGUCCCUUUUGUGGUAGAACUGAUUUCAUGAGCGCACACACAGAAACACACACACACACACACACACACACACACAGAGAGACACACACACACACACACACCUGUUUUCUGUCUUAUUAAAACAGGGUCUCACGUAGUCCAGGUUGAUCUCAAACUUGCUGUGUCCCAAGGAUGACUUUGAACUCCUGGUCCUCCUGCCUCUGUCUCCUAAGUGCUGGGACUGGAGGUGUGUGCCACCAUCCCUAUCAACAACAGAAGAGUGUCCCUUGCCUUCAGACACUGUCAGAUGCUGAAGUCUGCAUUUGCCAUUGGGAAGCCUCGGUGCAGAUUCAGUUGAAGAUAACCAUUCCAUCCACACAAGUCAUCUGCCAGGUAAAGGGAUUAUAUGCAUAUAUUUUGUUUUGAGGUGAUGUCUCACAGUGUGGCCCAGGUUGGUCUCAAACUCCAGGCCUGUGGGUCUUCCAACUUGACUGGAUCCAGGCACACGCCCUUGUCAUCCUGGGACUUUAGAGUUGGAUGCAGUAGAUCAGGAAUUCAAGGCCAUCCUUGGCUACACUGUGCUUGGCCCUGCCAAGCUCAGCAGUUUGCUACUUCUGGUUGUAGGAUAGACCCUAGCUGUCAGCAAGCAUGUUUUCAACUGGGGAGGUUUUGUGUUCCUCAUUAUACAGUACAUGCUCUGAUUUUCUAAGUGAUCAUAACCCAGUUUUUAAAUUUGUCUUGGCUUUCAUUUUCUACCCACCAAUUAAAGAACAUCUAUUGCUCUUUUUUAAGUCGAGACACUCAAAUCUGUGUGCAUCCUGUUACCUUGGUCACCAGCAGUUGUGUCAGCACCUUACGUGGGGUUCCCUGGAUACUCACAUUCAUGGAAUUAAAAUGUAAACAGUGGUAACGGGGACCCAGGCUCAAAGAAUGCAUGGAGUUAAAGGUUUGCUGUGGGAUGUCCCUCUCCCUCUGCUUAGAAAAUCAGGUUCUAUUCAAGACUCGUGGUGGGCCUGGGCUAUAUAUUUUAUGUAAACUAUUUUUAGACUGGAGGAUUUAGUUUUAAGAGGAAAGCUUUGAGCGCAAUUAAACCAUGGAGGUGUACCAGAUUCUUCGAUGCCUUGGGGUCACUCCUGCUUGCUUGCCUUCUAUAAAGCCUCAGACCUCACCUGCAAGGUGAACUUGGUCACCCUCCACUUCCCUCUGUGUUCCCUAAUGCAUCUGUCUUAAAGGGAACAUUGUCUGGGUGUGGUGUAAUCUCAGCCUGCAGGAGGCUGAGGCAGGAGGAUUGCCUGGGAUACAUGAGUAACCCCUCUCUCAGAAUAAGGUAUGUUCCUUUUCUCGCUGUGACAGUUCAGAGGAACAGUCCUGGAGAAAUGUUUGCUUCUAGCCAAGAAUCCUGCGUUCUAGAGACUCAUUCUGCACAAAACUAAGUACAUGGACCAAGUAAGAUGUAUGAACCUUGAGCAGCCACGUGACAAGUGACUACUGCUGUUUCAAACUCCCCUCGUUGUGUUCUCCAGGGCCAUCUUCCUCCUCAAGAGUGCCACUGUCUCCCUCAGUCUUGGGCAGAGCACAAUUCAUAGUCAGGAUUACCAAAUGUAUUCAGCGCGGUGGCAUAUCCCGUCAUCUCAGCGCUUGGGAGGCAGAGGUAUGAGGACUUUGCAAGUUUAAGGCCAGCCUGGGCCAUGUACCACGACCCUGUCUCAUCAACGAGGGGGCUCCUGGAUGUCCAGGUGCCCCAGACAGAUAGCAGUGACCGUGCAUCUCUGGCUGUGGCUGGGGACUUAUCUUCCUGGUAGCUUCUAGUCAAGGCUAGAAGUGAUCUCAGAUAAGUCAGCAUGCAGACACCACUAACUGGCUUCAUGUUCUCCUGGAAACCUGCAGUUCUUGAAGUGAGUCCUGAGACCUGGCAGGUCCUGCGUGGCCUGGACUGGAUGUGCGUUCUUGACAUGAGGAGGGUUUCUUAUCUAUCUAUGCAGAUAACGCGUGGUUUUCUGUACUGUUCCUUUUUGAUCUCCACUCUUCCAAAGUCAGACUGAGGACAAAGGGGGGACAGCAGGUGUCAGUCCCGCGCCGUGCCCUCUGCUGUCAGCCCGAGUAUUUAUUAUGUCACUGUGUUACUGCACAUUGAUUUCAUUACUGAACCGCAGCUGGAUUUAGUCUCGAAUCCGGCCUGUCCGCGGCCCCCCUGGUCCUGUGCACUGUAGUGAAUCCUUGCUGCACUUGCAGAAACUGGUCAGUGAGCUUUGUCCCUGUGUCCCGUGAUCUUAGUGUGCUUGACGUGAUGGGCCAUAGUUCAUUAUCAGCUUCAACUCUCCUGUGUCCUCAGGAUUUCUAACAUUCCUCGUCCUGUAAGGAGGUAACAAAGGCAGACAUGUGAUUACCUGUAACAGAUUUUGAUGUUGAACUAAUAAAAACUUGUUUUGUAAGUCA